ACAAAUAAACCGAGUUCGAAAGUUGCUCUUUUGGGGUGUAAACAGGAAUUCAAGUUUAUUAACAACUUUGUUUAUUUUUACUGUCUUGCAAUGGCUGCGACUUUAAGGCCGUAUCUUAAUGCUGUUAGAGCAACUUUAGAAGCAACUUUAUGCCUGGAAAAUUUUUCUUCGCAAGUCGUUGAAAGACACGUCAAGCCAGAGGUAGAAGUACGAAGCAGUAAAGAACUUUUACUCGCCCCUCUUUGUGUUGCCAGAAACGAAAAAGAAAAGGUUUUGAUAGAAGGUUCGGUAAAUUCUGUACGAGUCAGCAUAUCUGUGAAACAAGCUGAUGAAAUUGAAAAAAUAUUAUGCCACAAAUUCAUGCGCUUUAUGAUGUUGAGAGCAGAAAAUUUCUUUGUUUUGCGACGUAAAGCAAUUAAAGGAUACGAUAUAAGUUUUUUGAUAACCAAUUUUCAUACUGAGCAAAUGUUCAAAAAUAAGUUGGUUGAUUUCGUUAUUCAGUUUAUGGAGGAAAUAGACAAAGAAAUCAGUGAAAUGAAGUUGUCCGUGAAUGCCAGAGCUCGUAUUUCCGCAGAAGAAUUUUUGAAGAAUUUUUAAAGAGAUUGACAGUAAAUUAUAUGUAAUGGUUUAUUGUGUUUAUUGACCUAUUUGCUUCGCUAUGUUGACAGAUUUACCAUUCACAAAGACUAAUUAGUUGUUUUUUACUAGUUCCUAUCAGUAAAGGUCUUGGUUUUUUCUUUAGCUCAGCUAGCUAACUAUAUAUAUAAAUAAUGUUUUUUACUUAAAGUGUACAAAAUGAAAGUGUCAAUUAAUUAUAAUUACGUGCCAUCAUGAAAUAAUGCAAUUUUAACUUGUAUUUCUUUAUUUUGUAAUUUUUUUUUUAUGGUAUAUAUAUUAUAGUGAACUUGUUUGAUUAAAAAAUUCAAAUAAUUGUUACCUGUGCCUUGUGUCUCAAUUUUAGACCUGAAAGCUUACUUCGAAUUUCAUAGCUUGUAUUUUCAUCAGAUCAGUUUCAUUGUCACGCACGUUUUGUAGAAGUCAUAAAUAUUGUACUUUUCUGUUUGUUUUUUUCCUGUGAAAAAGAACUUUUCUCCAUUUGA